AUGCAAACUAAAUUUCCCAGGCCAUUUAUCGGCCUGAUCCUGUUGCUAUUGGGAACAUGCACACAAGGAAUAUUAUUUGAUCAACCCAGUCGAAUUCUGCCCUCCGACUCGUAUCAAAUUCUCGGUCAACCCGGAUUCCGACGAUUGGGGCAAUGCAAUUUCACUUACGCCUGGCUUAUUCCACCUCCGGCAUCGAAUCUAGAUGCGUACGGGCACACUCUAGCCUGUACCCGACUUCAGCUACAAGAUGGUCGAAUAGUCCGGAGCCAUGAGGCGUCGGAUCAUCNCAGCCGAGCCGAUGAGGAACUGAAACAGGUGAAUAAAGAAUUGUCCGCAUCUUUGGUAGAUUUGAAUCGUCUGGAUGCACUGAUGCGUGCCGAACGUUUGGUUGACGGAGGCUAUCGAGUACUACCUGGCGGACCAUUAGCCGAUGGGGAUCGUUACUUUUAUCUGGCUGAUCGAGUCGGUAAUUUGAACAUUCUAGUCAUGUUCCGUCCGGGUCAACAAAUCAAACUGGAAUUAAUCGAUCCAAUCUCUCCGGAUCACUUAUUCACACCACAACAUGUGUUAUGCUCCCGCAAACAAUGCCCUCCGACACCAGCCACAACAGAGGAUGCUACACUAGACGGAAGUGGGGGGAAUCGGUUUGCAAACCAAUCCCGAACACUUUCGGUCGCAUUGUCCAAAGCAGAUAGACAAAAUCGUGAAUUAUAUAUGCAAUUGAUAAUUUCACGUGUAGCGUGUGCCUUACUUAGUUUUCUCUGUAUUGUGUUUGCCAUAACCGCGUUGGCCUUGUGUAUUAGACUGCGACGCUAUCCAGGCUAUUGUCGUAAACCGGCUCCACCGUCAGAAAUCAGUGUCUAUCGGGAGCAGAAUCAUUCACCGUCCUACUAUCAGGCGAAUGGAAAACUGAACAUGGGUCAACCAUCUCCAGUCUAUCUGACCGAUGCCUCACCUCGGCACGGGGCAAUGAGUCAAAUGAUCAGUGACACGGCCAGUGUGAAUAAUGUGGUCAUGACCACGAGCAAUCUAAGUGAAUGUGGAGGAAUUGGUGGUAUGGCUGGUGCCCCGAUAUCCUAUACGGCUCUAGCACCACAGUACGGACACCUGCCAGCGUAUGCAAUGCCCGGGUCCAGAGCAUCUAUCUAUAACGAUGCCUCAGGCAUGGUCACUUUGGUCCCGGUCAAUUCGCGGGGUAUUUUCUUACCUCACCAAAAUGGAUCGAGCAGUCCGGUCCCGUCGAAUCAUUCGUACACGGAUGGGAAACCGGGGAUUGUGCGAAGUGGUUCGUUGGGAAGAUAUUCUGGGAGUAAUCUGAGCUAUAGCGAAGCUGCACGUAGAAAGCUACUAAGAAGUACACGUAACUCGUACAGAACGGAGUCACAAACACAACAUGGGGUAAAUAAUUUGGAACCGGGACAAUCACCGACACCGCAAUCACAACCAAUGUUAGCCUUGUCACCACCACCACAACAACAACAGCAGCAUCAGCAUCAGCAACAACAACAACAACAACAACAGCAACAUCAAUCCACUGUACCACCACCCCCGCCUUUGGCCACCCCGAUUCCUUCAGUCGGACACCAACAUGUGACACAAACAACAGCCGGUCAGACACCAAAUGCCGGUACGGUUCAGUGUGAGCAACAUCCAAACGAUCUGUUGAUGAAAGCGACCAGCUUACAAAUGCCAAACGAUCUGAUCACGUUUCAGGCUAACAGUCAGCUGGCAUCCGUGAUACAUCGCUAUCCGGGUGAUGUCCACUCAUAUAAAAUGCCUACACCUCGUGGAUCGGUGAAAGAAGAUCGUGACAGUCCCAAAUCCGGUCAAAUAAAUCACAUUAAUGAAUCCUGUGUGGCCCUGCUUCGAAAACCAGCUUUGGCCAACUAG